CCCCAUCGUGCGGAAGGUACAGCAGUUCAUGAGCCCCAAGCAACAGCCGCACGUGGUGCAAAGUAUGAAUAAUUCUGCUUCUGAGAGACUCUUGUGAUAUGUACAAAGCACGCAGCAGAAAGGUGCUUGCGAAGUUGAUGAGGCAGCGAAAAGUUCAUCAUGCGCUGCAGUGCAGACGGCGGCCCCCGUGUAGACUAUGCCAGCAGGCCGAACCCAUACUGCGAAUAUCUCUCUAAAGGGGAGUCCGUAACUAUACAGGACGCGGCCCCCCCCACCUUUCGGACCCCACGAGGUCAUCCUGCACCAAUAAUGUAUCCUCAUCAGUUCUUUGGGUUACAGACCAAGCCAAGCGAUGCCAAGCCAGGUUUCUCAAAACUUCCGAGUUGCAGCGGUGCGGUCAAAACAAAACAUAUUUAUUUUUUCAGAUGAUGAUGAUGAUGAUGAUGAUCAUGCAUGCAGCGCCGUGUCCUGUUAGCAAACCUGCUGCUGCUGCUGGUCCCCAGGCCGCCGCAUCAAAGACCGCCGGCGCCAUCAAAGGUCAUCCUGCCGCAGCGGCUGCAUGGCCAGCCUAUCCGCCAAGCUGUUGUGGUGUUGUUGAAGUCCGAUAUAUCACAGAAUGACCUGAUCAAAAAAUUAUCAAAAGUCAAAGCCUUUCUUGUCUGCGCGUGGGAUAGCUACUGGGCAUCAUGCGGCCCUGUGGUCAUCGCUAAGCCUAAGGCUACCGUUGAUAGCAAGUCGACCGCAAAACGCGGUGACGAUGAGCCGGAGUGGGACGAUCGCAACGAUCGGCAGCGUCGCAGCGGGGGCCGCAGCCGCGGCGGUGGCUUUCAAUUUUCUAACCGGCGUGGCAUAUACCGUGUGCAAUACAACGACUAUGAGGCAGAGGUACGACAGGAUGAAGCUUGGAAGCUGCUGGUGCCGCUGGUGGGCGGUCUGGUGCUUUCUGCCGCCGUCAUAGGGCCCCUAAUCAUCGGCCUGGCGUUCACUGCCGUAGCGGUGGGCGCGGCUCUGUCCGCCGGGGCACUCUUCACGUCGCUCUUCCUGCCAUUUUUCGUACUCAUCGGCAUGGGUGCGCUGUUCUUUGGGGGCCUUACGUUCUCCGCAUUUGCUACCCUUGGUACGGCACUGCUGCUGCCCAAGCUGAUUGCGCUGAAUCACUGCUACACCACUUUAUCGCCCCUCACCAUCACCACCACCAUCAUCACCACCAUCAUCACCACCACUACCAUCACCAUCAUCAGCAGCAAUAACGACAACAACAGCACCGGCACCGCGCCCGGCAGACCUCCACCUCAAUCAUCGCCUCCCCCUCCUUUUCCCCAUUCUCCCCUCGUUCUCGACCUCGUACUCGUCCUCGUACUCGUUCGCGCGGACGCAGUGGUAGCAGGCGGUGUGGGUCUGGGCGCUAUGGCUGCGUCCUUGUUCCUCAAAUCGCCAUCAGCCAGGAAGGUUAAGGUUUCGGAGCGCCGUGGAGGGGAAGCGAGGACCGACGGCCGCACGAUUGAUGUGGUUCCAGAACCGGAAACGGAGGCCGACCCGGAGGUGGAGAGGGUUAAACAGGUCACGUUUCGUCUGGAGGCUGGCUGUGGCUCUCGAGUGAUGUGUAUGUACGAGGGCCUUACGAGUGAUGUGUAUGUACGAGGGCCUAGCCUAGAUCUUCAGUUUGUGUUGCACGGUGUUCGGUUGGAACUGUUGGGUGGCAGGCUGUUGGCUUGGAUGAUAGCUAACAGACCAACCGAGAGGAUUGAGAGCCGAUUGACUGAUGCUCUGAAAUGGGUUGUGUGGAAUGCUGCGGUGUCGUUAUUUGAUGGCUGUUGUUGCUGCCAAGGUCAGCUAGAUUGGUACGGUUUUAUUGUUUAA